AUGGCAGUGGUCGCCGUGAUGUAUGGCCAUUUUCCAGCAAUCGCAAAGCCAAUUCCAAUGAAAUUGACUAUGAACACGACAAGGAGCCACAAGGGCGUCACGGUUCGGCUAGACGAGGUAGGGUGGAUGCUGCGCAUGGCUUUCCGAGUUCACAAAGGGCUCGGAAGUACUGUGAACAAUGAUCUGAUGACAGUAACCGGCGGUGGUUCUGGGUCGUACAGUGUUACGGACUUGACCCCCGCCAGACAAAUGAUUGAAGGUGGUGGUGGUGGUGGUGGUGGUGGUGAAAGACUAAGAUCGUGGUGCAGCGGAAUAGUAAUACAGGAAAAUGAGUUUAGAAAAAUAAUAAGUAGGAAAGUAAAGCGGCUAUGGGACCACAAAACGCUAUUGAUCUUCGGUCCCACGCUCAAAUUAUAUCAGCGGGCAUGUGGGAUCAACGGCUUCAAGUUGAAGGCAAGGCUGGAGGCCAAGAUGGAAGGAUCGCUUUCACGGAAAGUGAUUAGUAUUAGACCGAUGCGAGUAGUGCGAACCAAACGUGAAGGGAAGGUCAAGGAAGGUUGGGAGACAACAGGCGCAGAGUGGCAAAGGCCCAGGAUCGUGACCGACAGCGGGGGACGGAAGUAUGGUCUCCCGUCAGGGAGGAAGAUCCAAUUAAGGGUGUUGAUGGCCAAAUUUCAGUACGAACGAUGGGUUGUAGGUGGAACUUAA